CCCCCCCCCCGCCCCUUUUCGGAGUCCCCCGCCCCCGCCUCUGCCUCCCCAGAGCUGCGGGGCAGUCGGAAGCGGAGCCGCCGAGCCGCGAGGACGCCGGGCUGGAGCUGCCCUCCGCAGCUGAGCCCGCGUUCCCUGCCGGCGCCCCCGCCGCCCUCGCUCCGCGCCUCUCCCGGGCCCCCCGCAGGUCCCUGAGCUCCGCCACCGCGGGGUGCUGCGGGGCCAGCGCUAUGCGGCAGCUGUGCCGGGGCCGCGUGCUGGGCAUCUCGGUGGCCAUUGCGCACGGGGUCUUCUCCGGCUCUCUCAACAUCCUGCUCAAGUUCCUCAUCAGCCGCUACCAGUUUUCCUUCCUGACCCUGGUGCAGUGCCUGACCAGCUCCACCGCGGCGCUGAGCCUGGAGCUGCUGCGGCGCCUCGGGCUCAUCGCUGUGCCCCCCUUCGGCCUGAGCCUGGCGCGCUCGUUCGCAGGGGUCGCGGUGCUCUCCACUCUGCAGUCCAGCCUCACGCUCUGGUCGCUGCGGGGCCUCAGCCUGCCCAUGUACGUGGUCUUCAAGCGCUGCCUGCCCCUGGUCACCAUGCUCAUCGGCGUGCUGGUGCUCAAGAACGGCGCGCCCUCGCCUGGGGUGCUGGCCGCCGUGCUCAUCACCACCUGCGGCGCCGCCCUGGCAGGAGCGGGUGACCUGACCGGCGACCCCAUUGGGUAUGUAACUGGCGUGCUGGCGGUGCUGGUGCACGCUGCCUACCUGGUGCUGAUCCAGAAGGCCAGCGCUGACACAGAGCACGGGCCUCUCACCGCACAGUACGUCAUCGCUGUCUCCGCCACCCCGCUGCUGGUCAUCUGCUCCUUCGCCAGUACCGACUCCAUCCACGCCUGGACCUUCCCAGGCUGGAAGGAUCCGGCCAUGGUUUCCAUCUUCGUGGCCUGCAUCCUGAUCGGCUGCGCCAUGAACUUCACCACCCUGCACUGUACCUACAUCAACUCCGCGGUGACCACCAGUUUCGUGGGUGUGGUGAAGAGCAUCGCCACCAUCACCGUGGGCAUGGUGGCCUUCAGCGACGUGGAGCCCACCUCUCUGUUCAUUGCCGGGGUGGUGGUGAACACCCUAGGCUCCAUCAUUUACUGCGUCGCCAAAUUCAUGGAGACCAGAAGGCAGAGCAACUACGAGGACUUGGAGUCAGAGCCCUCAGAAGAACCACAGCCUAGGGGGGACCAGCUGCCAUUCGUUAUGGAGGAGCUGCCCGGGGAGGGUGGAAAUGGCUGGCCAGAGGUUGGGGAGGAAGCAGGUGGCUCCACUCAGCAAGGUAGGCAAGAGGCGAGGGGCAGCGGCAGAGGGGUCUCAUUGGUGGCUAGGAACUCAAGAAUAGAAGGUUGCUCUGAUGAAGCAAGUAGGAGGUCCUUAAAGGAUGCUUACUUGGAAGUGUGGAGGCUAGUGAGGGGAACUAAGUAUAUGAAGAGGGAUUAUUUGAUAGAAAACGAAGAGUUACCCAGUCCUUGAACAGGACAUGCAUGUAUGUACAUAUGUACAUACAGUUAUUUUAGACGAUAGAAAGAACGCCUCCAGUUUUAUUCCGAGGAGUGGGGGAAGGGAAGCAAAGUAAAGUUGAAAAGUACUGACAGCGACAAAGUUAGCAUCUAUGUGAAUUAUUUAGUGGGACUUUACCUGAGGCGCCACAAAAGAAAGGACAUGGGCAGGUGCUUAACAAAAUCAAAAACAGUUUCAGUUUCAGACUCACUAACAUUUGUUUUUUGUCUUUAUACCCAUAACCAAAUAUCUGCAUGUCCCAAGAGUUCCUCAGCCACCCCCUCCAAAGAGGCAUGUAGAAAUGAUGACAGCACUUAGUAAGUUCAAAGACCACAUUCAAAGGCACACUUUUGAUGAUAGUUAAAAUUACAGUUUUUAUUGCCUGCUGGACAGAGUAUAUUGUUGAGUGGCAUCUAUAAAUACUCGGAAUUGUUUACUGUUCUGGUCAUCUGCAAUAUCACGUUUACUUGGAUUUUCCUUCAUUUGUUUUUUAAUGAGUGUCCUAUUAUUAUUCUAUUAUAUAUUGAUAGGAAAUGUAGCUAUUUUGAAGACAUAAGUUCUUAGCUUCAAAUUAUGAAGUCUAAAGUUUGCAGUUUGUAAUUAUAUAUUAUAUUUUAAAGGCUGUUUGGGAUCCUUGCUUUUUAAUAUUUAUUAUUGAGUGCUAUAACCUUUUUAGAAACCUGUGUAAUAUUCUUUCAAGCAAGUGCAGUGCUAGAUAUAAUUCAGUUUUGACUGCAGCACAGCUGGAAGAGACAGACCACUUCACAAGGCAACCCAAGUUACAAUGCAUACCCCAAACUCUGUUACAAAAA